CCUUCAUCCGGGUAUCUUACAGUCCGCUGUGUGGCUAAGGAGGCGGGAAAUGGCGACUAGUGGUGCAGUGAAUAAAACCUAAUUUAAUAACAGCAAAACACAGGAAACCGGCUAUAAAUUUAAAAAACCCGGGGACUAGGAUUGUCUCUGCGCCCGUUAUCAAGACCCAGACAUCAUCCAGGGGCUGGUUUACGGGCUUUAGCAUCUUAGAUGUGACCGUACAACAACAUGAAGCUGAGAAUGCGUGAGGCGUCUCAGCUGCCGAACCCGUCUCGCGUCCGUCGGCGAGCACGGAAACCCAAACGCAGACGCUCGCUCGGAGGAAAGAGCCUUCUGAAGAACGUCAUCCAUCACGAUGCGGUGAAGGUGGAGCAGAAGAAACGAGGAGGAGCCAAGAGGAAUCGCCUGACCUGUGACCUCAUUGCCUCGUCCCCUCAAAGCGCCGACGACCGUAGGAAAAGCGUCGGACGCAGGCGCCGCUCCGUCAGCCAGGGUGAGGCGCCGCGUGAAGUCGAGCUCGAAACCAGGAACCGUGACGCUCUUAAACAGACCAAGAGCAGCGUGAAGCUGGAGGCUGGAGAUGCUUUGGAUAGUCCGCCACGAACCACCAUGCUGGGAACCGUCUUCUCUCCGGUCUUCAACUACUUCUCCCCGGCCAACCGAGCAGGUUUGGACCUGCCGGGUCAGGCCAUGGAGGCGGAGGAGAUCAUAAAGCAGCUGGACAUGGAGCAGGUGGAGGAGAUGCCGAUGGGCACUGCCACAUCAUCACCGGGGCAGUGUGCCCCGCCCCACCCCACCGCCAUGUCCCCCUACCACAGCCACGCCGAGAGAGGCGAGGAGGACGAGGAAGAGGAUGUGGUCACUCGUGUUGAUCUGCCUCCUGUCACAGGAUAUCCUUCAGUCAGUGGUUAUGUGGAGGUUCCCGCCUACGUCCCCGACCCGUCAUGUGAGGAGGACUGGGAGGUGUUUGACCCGUAUUUCUUCAUCAAGCACGUACCUCCACUAACCGAGGAGCAGCUAACUCGUAAACCCGCACUGCCCUUGAAGACACGCAGCACGCCCGAGUUCUCCCUCGUCAUAGACCUGGACGAAACUUUAGUCCAUUGCAGUCUGAACGAGCUGGAAGACGCCGCACUGACAUUUCCUGUCCUUUUCCAGGAUGUUAUUUACCAGGUUUAUGUACGGUUGAGGCCGUUCUUUAGAGAAUUUCUCCAACGGAUGUCUCAGAUUUACGAGAUCAUUCUUUUCACCGCUUCGAAGAAAGUUUACGCAGAUAAGCUGCUGAACAUUCUCGAUCCGAAGAAGCAGUUAGUUCGGCACAGGUUAUUUCGCGAGCAUUGUGUCUGUGUCCAGGGGAACUACAUCAAAGAUCUGAAUAUCCUCGGGAGAGAUCUCUCAAAGACCAUUAUUAUCGACAACUCGCCGCAAGCGUUCGCAUAUCAGCUGUCUAACGGGAUCCCGAUUGAGAGCUGGUUCGUGGACAAGAACGACAGCGAACUUCUCAAGCUGGUGCCUUUUCUAGAAAAGCUGGUGGAGUUGAACGAGGACGUGCGCCCACACGUACGUGAACGCUUUCGUCUGCACGACCUGCUGCCUCCCGACUGAAGCGCGAGUCUCGGGACGUCUGCAGCCGGACACGAGAAAUAAAGACUGACGAGGACGACGCGAAACCAGCCUUUCUGUUUUUUAAAAAAAAAAAAAAGGUUGCUUUUUUUUUUUUUUUUUUUUUUUUUUUUAAAUAUAUAUUUCCUUCCUGCUGUUACAGUUCUGAUAGGAGGGAAAAAGGAAGAAGAUUGAGCAGGAUUUAUAAACUCUGGUGGUGUAUAGACGUGUACAUGAGGCGGUCCUUUCUCCGAGUCUCAGCACUUGGACUGUUUUUGUUUAGCUCUGUUCUGCAUGUGCUCGUUCUGUCUUUCCCGUCGCUUCAUCCACUGAAGUGAACGUGCACAAUGUUCAGAAGUGAGGAUCCCGUUUUUAUCCUCUUUUUUUUUUUUUUUUCUUUUUUUUUAUACGUCCGGUUUUAUUAAGAGAAGAAAAAAGCGAUUUUACUUUUGAUUUUAUUCUUCAGUUAUUCAUCUUUAAAGCAUGUUAUUCAGUCUCUAUGUAUUAUUCAGUACUGCUAGUGCAACAGAUAGGAAACGUGUGUAGUUAGGAAUGUAAGUCUGGACCAGCCAAACGUUUAAAGGCGGGGGGGUUUAAUAAUGCACUCGCCGGCCACUUUAAUAGGAACACCUGUACCUAUACGGUCUAUACGGUAUACUAGUGUAUAUGAAGUGUCCGAUUCAUGUUCUUUGCUGACUCGAUGCGGUCUUCUUGUGUUGUGACCCAUCCGCCACGAGGUUCGACCUGUUCUGAGAUGCUUUUCCACUCACCACGGUUGUAAUGAGUGGUUGAGUUAUGGAAGCCUUCCUGCCAGCUCAAACCGGUCUAGAUCUGGACGUGUUUCUCUCGUCAGCCGGGCUUUCCGUCCACAGAACUGCUGCUCGUUGGAUGUUUCUUGGUUUUUUUGCACCAUUCUGUGUAGAGACUUUUUUGUGUGUGUGUGUGCGUGUGAGAGAGAGAGAGAGAGAGAAAAUCCCAGAAGAUCAGCCGUUUCUGAAAUACUCAAACUUGCCCAUCUGGUACAAACUCUGAUGUUUGACGUGAUUGAUUGAUUGGCGAAUGGGAACUGCACGAAGGAGCAGCUGUACAAGUGUUCCUAUUAAAGUUGCCAGUGACGAUGAAAUACUUAGCUCCGUUUUCAUGGAGGAGGUUAUGAGAUGUUUUAUACGAGUAUUCGGACAUCUGCACCUUCGAUACAUGUCUUUUUUAAGUUCGGAUUUCAGAGAACUCCACCUGAAGUUCCUUUUUUAUUAUUAUUAUUAUUAUUAUUAUUAUUAUUUUAUUUUUUUUUAGGUUUUUAUCAAGUUUUUAUUAUACUUUUUGUUUUUAAUAUAUAUUAGAUAUAUCUAUUUUUUUAAAAUCAGUGUUUAUGGUCCGUUAUGGUUUUAGUAUUCAUUUGUAAAUAAGUGUUUUAAUGGAAUAGAGCUAAAGUAGCAUGAUGGUUCAUUUUUUAACCUUUUUUUUUUUUUUUUUUUUUUUUUUAUAUAAAAGAAAAGAAUUUUGAGCAAACGGAAAUCACCCACGCUUCAGGAGCACGUGAGAAUGUGAGUCGUAGCAACAACAACAUCGAGUCGAGCGAUCUAAUCGAGCAUUUUUUCAUUUGAAACGUUCACGCCAGUAAAACGAACGUCACUCUAGCUUAACACGCUUACGCAGAAUCGGUACACUGAGCAGAAACGUGUAAAAGGGUUAAUAAGCUCAUAACGAGGCUGAGAAAUAUUUCGAACUGUCGAAGUUUUUUCCUUGCUAAGAUGUCGUUUUUGCAGUGUUGAUGUGCUAGUGUUAUUUUAUUCUUUUUUCUUUUUCUUUUAAGCACUUUUUUUUUGCUUUUUGCCACCUUUCGUGGUUCUCUGUGGCCUCCAGGGGUCCGUGAAGUAUAUCCCAGGGGUCUGUGAUUUUUAAAAAAAAAAAAAGAAAAAAGAAAGAAAGUAUUAUUUUAUUACAGUGGUGGAAACCACAACUCGCCAUUAUUAUCAAAGUUAUUAUGCCUAUAAAUAAUGUGAGCUGGAAUGUAGUGACGUUCUGUAUAAAAAAUAAUAAUAAUAAUAAUAAUAAUGUUUUAAAUAAUGUGCCUAAUUUUAUUUUGUUUAUAUUUCUCUUUUAAAAAAGAAACCGUUAAUGAACUGCAAACAUUUUAAAAUCUCCGGUUUAAAUGAUGAUUUAAGGUGCAAGGACCCUUUUUUCCAUUUACAAUUUUCUCCCAUUUUCCUUGUGGGAAUAUUAAGGCACUUUAAUUAAUAUAUAUAUAAAUAUCAUGUUGCAGAAUUUUUAAAAGGAAUGAUUUUUCCUUUAAUUCGAAGUCCUAAUUAAAAUGAAAUGCAAUACUAAACUUAAUAUUUGUAUUAACUGAAAUAUGAACCCAGUCGAGUCUAAGUUUAAUGCGGUGAUAAAAACAGAAUUCCAGGUUGUAGUUCGUAUGGAAUUUUCCUACGUGGGCGGUUUGUACGCGUCAUUCAGUUUGACCAAGUCUCGUUUUAUUUCCAUCAUCUCACCGAAAACGUUUCAGCCGUUGAGAGCGUUGGACCGCGUCAUCCGGGCCCCGACGCCUUCGUACAUUUCUGUGUAGGAAAGUGUAUUAAAGGUCCUGUUAAAAGUCCAUUUCUUGUUUUAAAUCCCCUAAAUCCGUAGUGGGGGGGGGGGGGGGGGGGGGGGAGAAAAUAAUCUUCUGUAAAAAAAAAAUAAAAAUUUGUCGUUUAAAUUUGUAAUAAAUAAUUGCAAAGCAAUACAGGAGGAGAAGUGAUCCCAAGGAUCCUGCUCUAUUAAAGAACAGAGGAAAGAAAAGAAAAAAAGAAAGUGUACUAUUCUUUCUCAUUGAAAGAGUUCACAAUCAGUUACAUAAAGUAUGCAAACGGAUUUGCGCGUAUUUUAUUAAUGCGUUGUACAAAGCAGCGGUCAUUCUUUUCAUUUCGUGUUUUUUUUUGUUUUUUUUUUUCCCCUUGCCCUGCAUGUGGUGUUGUGUGAGAUUUUUGUCCCGAUUGCAAAAAAUAAAUAAAAAAAUAAAUAAUAAAAUACAGCUGUAAAUAUUUGCGAGAGGUUUUCAAGCACAUAGUACAAGAGACUUAUUUUCCAUUUAAAAAAUAAAUAAAUAAAUCAAUAAAUAAAUGUAAGGCUGCAGCGGAAAUCGCCCGGCGAGAUGAAGAUCACUGACGUGGGGAAACUGUUCUGCGUCUUUGAUCUCAAAAGAAAUGCCGUUCGUUUUUAAAUGGAAAUGUGUUUAUCUUUGUGUGGUGGUGUUUUUGUUUUGUUUCUUUUCCUCUUUUUCUUUUCUUUUUUCUCUUUGCUGUGUUACGUGUAUGUUUGUGUAUUUAGUUAACCCUCAACCUGAAUUCAUGGCUGUUUUUGUGGGAAAGUCUUUAAUUAAAUUUUAACCAUGGCAGUUUUUCUGCAGAAACCAAA